GUUUUGAGGGCAGCGGUUUUCGGGGACAGCGGAAGUUAAAAGUGUCUGCAGAAUUCCGUCCGUGCGGGAGCAACAAUCACAUUCAAGAUGGAGACCGUAAAUGCUGGACAUAUGAUGAGCCUAGCAGCUCUACAAAGACAAGACCCGUAUAUAAACAAACUGCUCGAUGUUACCGGUCAGGUGGCUCUCUACAAUUUCAACUCCAAAGCGAACGAAUGGGAGAAGACCGAAAUCGAGGGCACCCUGUUUGUUUAUGCGAGGUCUGCCUCACCUCACCAUGGUUUCACCAUUAUGAACCGACUGAGCACAGAAAACCUGGUGGAGCCAAUCAACAAAGACCUGGAGUUCCAAUUGCAAGAUCCCUUCCUGCUCUAUAGAAACGGCAACUUGGGUAUCUACAGUAUUUGGUUCUAUGACAAGAGGGACUGCCAACGCAUCGCUCAGCUGAUGGUCAAGAUUGUGAAACAAGAAGCAGACCAUGCCCAGAGAGAGUCACCAGAGAGGGCAGAGCCACGGAGGACCAACGGUGUUGCAGAACCACGGCCCAUCGACAUCCUGGAACUGCUCAGCAAAGCCAAGGAGGAAUACCAGAGAGCUCAGACAGGAGAAACAGACGUGUCGGCCGAGCUUAAUGUGAAAGCAGCAAUCAUCGCCUCAGAGCAUGCACACAACACACCACAACCUGAAAAGAGCUCUCAUACAAUGGUGAAGCAGAUCACAGUUGAAGAACUCUUUGGCUCAUCCCUCCCUAAGGACCCCACCCUGCCCACCAUGCCAACACAGAACACCACCACUGCUUCCAGUGGCCCCUCCACUGCUUACCUUCAGAACCCAUCUUUUCCCACUCCAGCCCACCAGAACCCACUCCUGCCUCCUCAUCUGGCAGCCCAAGCCCCUGGCCUGCUUCCAGCUCCGUACACGCUCCACCCCAGCCCUGUUCUUCAGUCAGUGGUCCCCAGGUCAGACCCCCAACCCCUGUGCUCGGUGUCCCCUCUCAUGGUGCCUCCAGCCAGCUCAGAGCCUCGUGCUGCUCACCCCACCCAUGCAGCACCAUCAGCACCUCCUACGGCCUAUUUGGGGCAGGAAAUACUCAGCACACUCAAACCAGCAGUACCACCUGUGAGUUCGGACAUCCACAAACCCAUCCUCGCACCCAACUUCCUGCCAAGCACGCUGUUCCCACCCCACAGCUUCCAAGAGCCCAUGGGGAAGCCCCUUCCCCAGCACGGCAAGGACAUGGAUGUUUUCUCUCAGCCUCCAAACGUGAUCAAACCAAUGUCUGCUGUCCCCAUGAGUCCAGGUCUUGCUGUUCCAGGGCCAGUGACUUCUGUACUGCUUUCCCCCAGCGCCUUCCAGCAGUCAAUCAAUAAGACAACAGCAGCAGCAUCAGUGCUCCCUCCUGCUCCCUCUGAGUCCUCCUCCACCUCUGUAGAGCCUCCACAAGCCCCCUGCAGCAAAACACAGCUCCAGGAGACUCUGAUACACCUCAUUAAGAACGACCCAGACUUCCUGGGUGCCAUUCAUGAUGCUUACCUGCAGGGUCUGUCCAAGGACUUGAGCAACAUGAAGCUAUAGUCUACAACAGUCACCGCCACUGGCAUUUUCACUGCUACGACCACUUCAUGACCUGAGAAGAAUUCAGAAGUAAGAAUUCAGAAGAAGUUAAAAGAAGUACAGAAAGGAGGUGUUUGACACGCCGAACAUCACAACUCCUGAAAAGUCUUUGGGGUUAUUAUUAGCUUGCACCGUUUAACCCUCAUUGCCAACUCAGAACUUUUUGAGUUCUCAUCUGAACAGUGAUGCUAUCUGGGCUACUGGCAUUAGCUUGAACCAACUUUUUGGCAAUCAAACCAGAACUCCUGUGAGAGAGAUGGAUGAGAUAGGCAGCCACAUACUGGUAAAGUUUAGCUCUUGCUGGUUCAAUUCACUUGAGCGCGGCAUGACAGUGGAGCUUGUCUGACCUCAGAACAUUUCACAUUUGACCUCCUGACAGACAAUUUUGCAGCUUAAACUUUAUGGGAAUAGCAGACCCCUACUCUCUUGCUCAUCUCACAUCUUUGGAGUUGUCGCAGUGCAAGAGGAUGGGAGAGGUGUAACACACUUCCACUCCAGCUGCGAAUAGAAAAAAGACCACUGUGCUGGGACCUCAGAACUGUUUUGGCAGACAAACGGUCCCACUGUGUGGCGUUAAAAAGGACUACUCUGUUUCCCGUCCUCGCUUAUUGAACAUUCUUCCUCAAAGUCAUGCUGAGGCUUGUUUAUUUUUGGUAAUACCACAGAGACACCAAGCAGCCGUUACAGUUUUUGUGGCAUUUGAGUUUGUCACUGUCUGUUUAGUAAGGAGGCGACUGUUGAAGAAUUAUUUUCAGUCCUUGCCCAAGCAGGAUGUUUGGAGAAGCACUUGCAGCUUAGAGCUCAAACUAACAAUCAGUUCCUCGCAGUUAUUUUUUUUUUUUUUUUAAUGACUGUGAUAUGUUCAUAAAGACUCACAGACGAACGCACAGACCAUCUUCUUUGCCCCCCCCCCCGGCCUUCUCCUCGUCUGUGUCGAUCAUUUCCCCUCCACCAGCUAAGCUCACAGUACUUAAUGUUCUUGGAGGGGAACGUGCAAUAGAUGACAGUCACAGUCCCUUUAGGGGUACCAGCAUUUUGGGGAUAUUUUAGGAUGGUACAGCUAAGUUUAUCCGAACCUCUGGGUUCUAGUUCUGCAGCUGAGCUAUAAUUUGAAAAUGAGCAUAAAACACAAAAAUGCUAUUAAUUUUGGACUAUUGUUUACAUUCCUUUAAUAUUAAAUAGCUUACAGUAUUGGGGGAGCUGAUGACUUAUAUGCGUUUUACAGCUUCAGUAUAUUUCAAACCUGUUGAGUUCAUACCAGUAAUCCAAACUAACAACGAAAAAUAUAAACUACCUCCAUUCUAGACUUUUAUUUUUCCAGGUCACAGUUAAGUUUUGAGUUACAGAGACUGAAAGACAAAACGAAUUGUGGUAAUUUGGCUUUUUUUGCAGUAAAAGGCUACUGCAGCACAGAACCGUAAGCCCUGCAAACUGCAGUGGGAACCAUAGGGUGCACAGUGUGUUUCCUCCUCAUGUGCAACGCUGAGUGGCUGCUGAUGCUGUUCAGAGACAAAGAAAAGUGAUCUAAAAUCUAAUCAGAAAAACGGCUUUCAAAUAUUUAGAGGAAAAAAAUGAUUAUUCGGUGGCAUGUGUGCAUUUUUUAACACACAUAAAAGGGUACUGGUUUAAUAUUCCUUGUUUUCAGAAAAUAUUCAUCACAUACAAGACCAUUCAAGAAGUAAUGUAAGAAAUCAUAAAAAUUUAACUUGUGAGGUUUUUAAGAAAUGGGACAAUGAUGUUUGACAACAGUAGUCAGAUCGUGGGUGAUCAGGAUUCUUUUUCACGUCAGUCAACAUAUCAAGUCAUUGAAGUCAUCGAAGAGGACGUCUUUCUUGAGUUUUGGAAACAUGGUUUGCAGAUAAUAUUGUUCUUUUCUAAAAAUUUCCAUGUAACUUGUUAAACAAGCAGAAAAUCUGCAACUGGAAACACCUUGAGGCGUAAUAUGAAUUUCUGCGUAAACACCAGUGUUGAUUGUGAUACCACCCUUUGCAUUUGGCUCUAUUUGAAUGUAUUUGAUGUUUACUUCCAGUAUGUGCCAGUCUUGUUUUCUUCUGUGUCAUGCUUAUUUGAGUUGCACUUGAAUCCACAUGCAUUCACCACCAGCUGUUAAGUGUUUCCAAUCCCCCCUUCUUUUAUUUUGCCAUAAUUUUGAAUUCAUAAAUGCAACAAGGACACAUCUGCAACCAGGGAACAAAUCAAAUUAUUUGUACACUUCAUUGCCCUGUUAUAAUUUUUCAUUUCUUUUUGCAAACACUUCUGGCAUGUGUUGUUCAAAUAAACACCCACAGGAAGAACGAUUGAGUUUUUUAAUCCCCGCAACAUAUUUAAUAUUUUAAGGUUAUUUUAUGCUUUGAAAUAAUUUAUCUUAUCGGCCAGAGAUAUGAUUUUUGAAAAGUCUUUGCAAAUCACAUUAGUUUUCUAAGUUUGUUGUCACUGCAUAAUUUGGUUUAUUAUGACUCUUUUGUGAUAUUAAAGAUUUGAAAAUAG